AUGACGAGCGAAAUCGUGCUGCGAGAAUACACCGAGGAUGAAAUCCAAGAGCUCCGGGCCUCCUACCCCGACUACAUUCCCAUGUCGGUGAUUAUGGACAGAGAAAAGCAGAAAAUACAGUCGGCGGAGUCUGAACGGCUUCAGAUUGGAAUCAGAAAGCUCAGCAAAGAAAUUACGAUUCUGCACCGCGAACUGACGACGAUUCGCGAAGUGACAGGGCCUGCCAUUUGCAAGAAAUGCGCGACUCUCAACAUGGCCUGGAAAAAGCUCUCCUGCAGCCACAUUUUGUGCACCGCUUGUAUUCAAGUGAUGGUGAAGCAGCGCCAGGCUGAAAUCAUAGAAGAGACUCACGAGCGACUAAAUCUUGAAAACGGAGGGCGAAAAUUCAUCUCCUGGCGCACAAAAUACCCGAAAGUAAACGAGUCCGACCCCGCUGAAAUUUGCCCUUUUUGCCGCCCGAAGAAAUGA